GUGUGAACAUGUCACAAAGUAAAAUGCACUCAGUCUGAAUAAAAUCUCAUGAUAUCUUCAGUUAUAAAAUGAAGCAAUAACUUAUUUUGAUGGAGCUAAUGAAAUGAGCACUUGAUAUUUUUUGGGAAUAUAUGAUUAAAAAAACUGAAACAAUAUUGUUAGAAUGUUUAGUUGGAUGCUCAGAAUUUAACAUAAGACAACUUUUCUUAAAAUCCUGACAGUGUUCACUAAAUGUGAAACAAGUGCCUAUGUAUUUUUUUUUUGUUGAUGACAGGCCAACGCCAAAGGAACAAAAUUGGCAGUUGUGUAAGUGGCCAGUGUGUGCAGGCAACACUGAACCAUGUAAAGCGGGUGAGCCACACUGGCCACCUUCACCACAAGAUUAUCCUGCUGGUGGGGACCAACGAUGUGUUGGUGGGGACUGAACAGCUCAAGCUGAGGACGGUCGUCAGGAUGCUUCUCCGGUUCCUGACCAUCAGGAGUCGAAGGAGUGUCCUUGUAUGUACAAUUCCCCCAUUUCCUAGACUUUGGAAGUGCCCGAUGAGGAGGCGCAAAAUUCUCAAUUUGAAUCAUUUCUUGGAAAAGGAUGUUGUGGCCAUCAAUAGAUAAAUUUGCUACGACAGAACCCAA